AUGCCCUCUUUCAAGAUCCUUGUGCUACCCGGUGACCAUAUCGGCGCCGAGGUCGUACGCGAGGCUGUCAAAGUCCUUCGUGCGGUUGAGUCGCAUCCCUCGGUGGCUAAGCAAAACAUCAAGUUUGACCUCGAUUUUGACUUGUUGGGUGGCCAAUCUAUCGAUGUUCACGGCAUCCCUCUGACACCCCAAGUCAUCGAAAAAGCCAAGAACUCGGUUGCUGUGCUCUUUGGCGCCGUCGGCGGUCCAAAAUGGGGCAUGACUGGUGCUUUGCGGCCGGAGACUUCGGUGCUAGACUUGAGAAAGGCACUUAAUUGCUGGGCCAAUAUCCGCCCAUGCCGGAUUCCUUCUCCCGGGGUCGCCAAAUGCUCGCCACUGAAAGAGUCCCUGGUGCAAGGCACCGACUUCAUUGUCCUUCGAGAAAACCUCGGAGGCGUGUACUUUGGCGAAAAGAAAGAAGAGCCCGACUAUGCCCACGAUGUUUGGGGCUACCACCGAUGGGAGAUUGAGCGAAUCUCACGAAUGGCUGCUUAUCUGUCACGCAAGCACGGAGGCUCCAAGGGUCCAAGCAAGAUCACUUCCGUGGACAAAGCCAACGUUCUGGCCGUGUGCCGCCUGUGGCGGGAAGCGGUGACGACGAUACACGACCGAGAAUUCCCGGAAAUCCCACUCCAUCACCAAUUGUCCGACUCACUGGCCCUUAUAAUGGUCAAGAACCCUCGAUCGCUGAACGGAAUUGUCAUGUGUGACAACAUCUUCGGGGAUUUGUUCUCCGAUGAAGCAGCAGCUGUUGCCGGCUCACUUGGCUUCAGCCCUUCCGCUUGUUUGUCCGGCAUUCCGGGCGAACCACUUUCUACGGGCAUGUACGAGCCCAGCCACGGCUCUGCACCAGAUUUAGCACCCAACAAAGCCAACCCGAUUGCAACCAUUCAAAGCGCCGCCAUGAUGUUGCGCUAUAGUUGUGACUUGGACUCCUUGGCGAAUGCUAUUGAUGAGGCCGUCAGUGUUGCCCUGGACGACAAAGCCUCUGGUGGUCUCGAGGUCAGGACAGGCGACAUCGGAGGCACUGCCUCGACGACGGAGAUGGGGGAUGCUGUGGUGACUGCACUCAUGCAGAUCCUGGAUAAAGCGGAAACAAGUGUCACCUCUGAAAGUGCUAGGCUGUAA